AUGGAUCUCAGACAUAUUCUCCAACCUGCUGUUCCUGCCUAUGUUGAAGAUGCUGACGAAUUGACCGGCGAGGUAAUCCAUGGAACAUCAACAUAUGCUAUACCAUCGACUUCCAUCGAGUCUGAUCGGAGGCUAAACGACGCUGAACCUUUGCCUUACGACGGAGUGUCCGAUUGGAAGUUAACGGAUGAUAAACCCCCAACAAUCGUUCAGCUAGAGCAUGACAGACUCAAAGAUGAAAACAAUGAAGACGUAUCCGAUUGGAGCGAGGUCGUGAGUGACGACGGCAAUACAUACAAUGAACGCUUUCAUAGGGUUAUCUUUGAAGAUUAUGAUAAAUAUUCGACGGGAAGAACCCAGGCAUUUGAUUCGGCGCCAUAUCAGGCUCGUUGCGACACUGUCUCGCCGUUUUUCGAAUCAACAACCCCCAAUUUUUCCAACUGGGACCACCUAUUUCCAGACGAGACCGAACAACCAAGAACAGAGGAUAACUACACAAAUUCCCACCAACCCACGCAGAAGGAUAGUAGCAAUGUAGCCAUGGCCCGAUUUGAGAGAAACGCAAGGGAUAUUGAAACAGCUUCUCGUGCAGCCACUGAGGGGUCACCAAGCCCCCUAAGCGUCAUUUUAAGUGAAGCAAACAUAUCAACUGAUGGAUCCAAGAAGAGAGGCGACAGUCCUGGAAAAGAUGAAAAACAUCUUGCUAUCAAGUGUGUUUGUUCCUCUGAAAAUGAAGACAACAUUGUUUUAUGCGAAAGAUGCGAUACAUGGCAGCACUUAGAAUGCUACUACCAUGGGGAUAAUGGUAUGGAUGAUGUACCAGAAGGGCACUUUUGUACAGACUGCAUUGAGUUUGUACGCCUUAAAGACGGUCGAUUGAUAGACUUGAUGGAAAAACGUAAAGUCGACCAGCAACUGUACCAGGCGGAUGCAGACCACGAAAAUUAUCCUCACCUUCAGAGCUGGCGUGAUGAUUCCAAUUAUGUUUCGCAAUCUACAGGUUUAGUUUAUGAUUGGUUCCCAGACCCUUUACUGAACCCUGGCGAGUUUACAGACGCCGAUGAUCCAUAUUCAGCACAGGCGAAUGGCCGUGGAUCAUCCGAUACAGAGAUGAUACAAAAUCCUGCAAUGAGGAAGACAACAUUCCUUACACCUCAACUUAUCCUAGAAGAUGAAAUCCUACUUCAACAAAGGGCCGAGGAAUAUAGUGACUCUGGAGACGAUAUUCCAUAUUCAACAAAGUCGAACAAUCACAGCUUAUUCAAUAUAAUAACUGAAAAGCAAAUUGAGGAGUCUACAAAAUCAAAGUCGACCAGGAAAGAAGCCACCAAGGGGGGUAACAUUUCACUUCAGCCUCCCGCUGAAACAUACACGGAUUCUGGAUAUGCUUCCAACGCCACCAGAUCAGCUAAGCCACUACAAAUGCAUACGCAACUGAACCAGACAGGAAGCGUUUCUGUGGAUGACAGUAUUGUUCAAGAACCCGUGGAUCAUGAAGACGAAGUGAAAAGCAUCUACUCUAAUGCCUCCAGUCUCCCUAUUUUGAGAAAGACAGGCUAUAUGAAUGAGCUUGCCGACGAGCUCGCUCAAGCCAUCCAGCCUUACCAAAUCAGUGGCGACAUUCUUGAGCGAAUUUUCGAAGUGCUUCCGGAGCUUCUAAAGGCCUUUGCGCUCAGCUUCGGUCAUCCCUUAUCCAAUGGGAUGCAGAGGGAUGUUAUGGUUUUCAUUCAUAGAUACCGAAGGGAAAUCGUAAGCACGUUCAAAGAUCAUCUUCUAACAGAAGACGAUGAGACACAACAUAGUCUAAGUAAAGACAAGAUGUCAUUGGAUGACAUUAUGAACCUCUGGGAUAAAAGCGGAGAGUCCGCUGGAAAGGAAGAACCCAAUAACCUUGCAUACGACGAAACCGAGGACCCCAAUAUCAUAGAUAUAGAAGACCAAGUCGAUGAAAUAGACGAGAAUGAAUUGCCUGGGAUCGAAGCCUACAAAUCCCUCAUCAGAGAUGCACCCGGGUACAACUGGCUCAUGGAUAAUCUCCGGAAGGAGUGCGUUCUAGCUCCUGCUGAGCCGAACGUGAUAGGAGAAAUCCGAAACACGAUUUUGAAGGCAUUGCCUUCUUCUUCGAGAAUCAGUCGGCGAAAGCCCGCGGAACUGUUUAACAUGAGUUUUAUGGUUGAUUGGGACCCAAAUAAAUUCCUACGAGAUGAGGAAUAUGCGGAAGAGCCAGGCUAUGCGAUCGAGAGAGCGAUCACCUUGACCGGUUCGACUUCAACGGCACAGGCUUUGACUUGCGGCGAAUAUCUGCGACAAACGUGGCCGUCAACCGGAGACAAAAUGUUAGAGCUGGCUAAAUCAUUAGUUUCAAGCGAAAAGAAAGCAUCAGUUGUCUUCUCGGACGGCACCACACUCACUGCAUCCAAUCAACAACCCCAUACUCCAGGAUCAACGUCUAUUUGUAUAGAUACUCAAGGGACUGCAGCCUGUAUUGCAGAGAUAGGCGAGCAACUCGCAUGGCUCGCAUCUGCCAUUCGCUCCUCACCGUACGCACAGGAAGUAGCGUAUAGCUGGCCGUACAUCGACGGCAUUCAAGUCGGCCAUGUGACAUACGAAGCGACUCCCAAAGUCAUGUACAUGUGCAAAAUCGGUGUAAAGAUGCAUCAAGGGGAGCUCGUCACUGAAAUGACGAAUGGCCAAUGCUGGCACAACCUGUUUGGGUCACCGGUUGUUGUGGAAGGCUUUCCGACACCAAGAAGAUCAGAAGAACAUAGUUCAGGCAUAGAGAUUCCACUAAAUAUUAUGGCAGCUCUUACACAAACUCGCAGGGUCCACAAUUUCGCUGGAAAAACGCUUUUGAAGGGGUUCGCGGAUAUGUUGAUUCCAACGAAAUGCAGUCAAGGCAUGGUCACUUGGCAUCUAGUACACUCCAAGAAAGGAGAGCGAAUAUCCUAUCUUGAAAGUGAAAACUUUCCAACGGUCGAUAUUCAAACCAGUGAACUGGAAAAGUCCCGUCAUAUAUUAGGAUGGUGUCCAGAAAUGAAGACUUAUGCAGGAGCGGUAGAUGCGUGUUAUAACGUCAAAAAUUCGAGGUUGCCCCGACCUUCUGACCGCGGUGCUUUGGUUGAUGCCUUGUUAUCAUCCGGACAUUUCGUCAUGGGUGGUCCACCCUUCAGCAUAGGUCGUAAAGACAUACGUCUGCGUCGAAACAGUUAUAUUAUGAAAAUUAAAUGGGUCUCGCAAAAGUUUGUGGUUUUAUGGGAUGUGGGAGAGGAGCGAGGUUGGUUAGUGAACGGGGCCAGUGCGCUACUACACCUUGUUCGCGGAUCCCUUGCACAAGACCAGUUGGACAGCAGGUUUGGUUCAUUGUGCUCAUUCAGGAGUGCCGAUCUCCAAGAGGCCUUGAAGCUUCACCAGACCGAUGCGGCUUUAGAGGUUCUUCUAAACCAGAAUAAUCUACAAGUGAAAAUUUACUCGGAGGAUGACGGCCAUGUUCGCUUCAAGGACUAUGUGGAGGACUUUUAUGAUCUUUUGGAAAAGAUGAUUGAUUAUCAAUUCAAAGCCGUUGGCACAGGCCAUGAUGCCUCCAGAAUACCCAGGUCAUUGUUGGAAGGUUGGGAUUUCAAUGAUCUGACAACGGGGCGAGACCCCGUGUAUCCCCGGCAAGCUCUUUUACACCAAGACGGCCUUUCCUGGGUUGACUUUACUCGAUCUGUUCACGCGAUUACAUUAUUCGGCCGCGGCUUUGGCGAAAUCAUCCGACCGGCUAGAGUGAGCUGUUCAUCGUGGACAAAACUUCCCCAAGGAAGAUCAUACCUUGCGGCCGGUGUCACUGAUUUGCACAAUAUAAUGGAAUCAGACGGAGACCCUUAUUCAACCCCAGUGAAACUUACUCAUGAUGUACUCUGGUACACGACUGAUGAGAAGUUUGCCCAAUGCCGAUGCCAGACAGAUGCGACGCGUUGUGAUCUUGCGCAACUACUCCUCCCUUUCAGAUUGCAUCGGGAAAUGACCGCAAGUCGCUCUCGGUUACCAGAAAAGGGGGGUGCUGUUAUUUUUGGUUCUAAUAGUGUUCACAAAUGGUUCUGGGCCGACCUCGGAGAUCCGUCAAAAACGCCAAGUGAGAGUAAUUUUUUAUCGUCGUCAUCAUCGUCUUUAGGUAAUGCGAUAGAUGACCCUCAAUCCGACAGUGGAAUUGGCAGAAGUCUCAGUUUUUCGGCCUCUAGGUUGGCAGGUUCAGUUUCAGAUCAAUAUGAUCAAUAUGACGAGUACUCUGGCAGUACACAUGCAGGGAUCAGUGAGUCGGAAUAUUAUCAACCAUCAAACCAUACCAAAAGUCACCUUUCCAGAUACAGCUCCCCAGCUGCGAGGCGUUACCAAGUAGGAAUCGUCUGUGCUCUCCACCUCGAGCUCAUGGCAGUCCGGAUGUUGUUUGAUGAAACACAUGAAAAAGUAGCCAUUUCUGAUGAAGAUCCCAACUACUAUGCACUGGGUAGCAUCGCAGGACACAACAUUGUUGCUGUAUGCCUUCCACACGGGCUAUACGGCACGAAUGUUGCUGCUGAUGUCACAUCAAAUAUGAAACGCAGUUUUCCAACAUUGAAAUUCUGCCUGCUGGUGGGAAUUGGAGCAGGAGUACCCUCACCGAAAAACGACAUUCGUCUGGGUGAUGUUGUCAUUAGCACUCCAAAGGGAGGGUACUCUGGAGUAUUGCCGUAUGAUAUGAUCAAGAGCUCUGAUUCGGGAGUGUCUGAACUGAAUGGAUAUCUGUGUCCACCACCGUCACAUUUGAUGUGUGCCAUUAGUGAGUUGGAGUCGGACCCGUCACUAUCAUCAACACCACUCAAAGAGUCCCUCCAACAGAUUCAGGAGUGUAAAGAAGAAUACAAGCAUCCAGGAACAAAGCACGAUCAACUUUUCGACUCUCUCCAUGCUCACAAGGAUAGUCAUGAUACUUGCGACGAUUGUGAUCCCCACCAUGAGAUAAAAAGACCACCCAGAUUAUCCACCCAUCCCAAGCUUCACUACGGUCUGAUCGCGUCCGGAAACCAAGUCAUGAAAUCUGCACAGAUCCGAGAUCGGCUCAGCCAGGAGCACAACGUACUCUGCUUUGAGAUGGAAGGGGCUGGCAUCAUGAAUAGCUUUCCCUGUCUAAUUAUUCGCGGAAUUUGCGAUUAUGCAGAUUCUCACAAGAAUAAGCAGUGGCAAAAUUAUGCAGCUGCUGUUGCAGCCGCGUAUGCUAAACUGCUGCUUUCUCGUUUGAGGGAUUCUAAUAACGGGGUUGAUGGUGGUUUGACAGAGUCCACGAGUGACUACCGACAGCGUUCGAGGAAACGGCCGCCAUCUGUUGAGUCAAUGGAAGAGCAUUUGGCGAAACGAGGGAAAGGUGAAAAUGACUAG